CAGCAGGGAGGGAAGUGGUGCAGACCUCUGGGCUGCCAAAUGCUAGGGACACCAGCAGGGGAAACUCCCAUCACUUGCGGCUUGUCAGGCUGCAAAAAGGCCCCACCCUGCUUCUGCAGGUCCCCCUCUAGCAGGAGAAGCACGUCCCAUUCUGCUUAGGGCAGCUCUCCAGGUUGCUCCCUCUCUCUUCUGUUCCCCGCCUCUUUGCGGCUCUGCAGUUACCAGCAGCAGACGCACGCCUGGCUGUUGCAGGAUGGAUUUCGCUACCGCACUGCUAUGUGGAUAUUUGUUAGCAAUGACGGAUGUGGAAACUACGUAUGCAGAUUUUAUUGCUUCGGGAAGAACCGGUAGAAGGAAUGCCAUCCACGACAUCAUCGUGACUUCUUCGACCACCAAUACCAGUGAUGUCUCCCUUAAGCUAUCGGACCUUGAUAUCAACAAGCCUGAAGGAGAAGGAGAUGGGCAGAAAAGCCCACCGGAGCAAUCUGGGGAGAACCAGGGGGGAGCACCCAAGCAAGAUAGUUAAUGUCUCCCCCGGCCCUACAGACACAGCUGCUGAUGUUAUCACCCUUCAAGGCCUGAUUGGAAUGCAUGUAUUUCCAUAAGUAAGAGGAGAGGAAAGAAAAAAUGGCUGUUCUGCAUUGCUGAAACCUGCUCAUUGUCCUAUUAAAAAUGGGGACACAGGCUAAAGCAGCUGCAGACAGACUUUUCUCUACCUCUGUCAUUAGCAGUGGUUGAAUUGGCAUGGCUAAGCUUGGGACAUCUCCAUCGGAUGGAUCCUUUCACCUGAUCCCAUGAUGAAAUGCUUGUAGAGAGUAGCACGAAAAGAUGAUGAUUGAUUCUUCUUGUAGCAAAAUGGCCCCUCUUAAUGUCAGAGGAUUUAAUUGUGUUUAUUUGCAAAGGGUUAAAGUGAUCCUCAGAGCUUAAAAAAAUCUUUGGCCAAAGUUUUCUCCCAGUAAAAAAGAAUCAUAAAGAAAGCACUGUUUUUAGAACCAUGUAUUUGUGUUUUACAAUGUUUUUGUAUUAUAUGAUUUAGAUGCUCAACACUGCCCCCCUUGCUUAUGGAAAAAAAUUAUGUUACUGUGAAUUUUUCUACCACUUAUUUUUAAAGUGCUCUCUCUCUCUCUCUUGGUCUCUCUCUCUCUCUCUCUCUCUCUCUCUCUCUCUCUCUCUCUCUCUCUCUCUCUCUCUCUCUCUCUCGCUCUUGCUCUCGCUCUCGCUCUC